ACUGCGGAGUCAAGAUGCGUCCGAAGGAACAGGUGCAGAGCGGUGCCGGGGACGGGACGGGGUCGGGGGACCCAGCAGCAGGGACCCCCGCGACCCAGCCUGCCGCCAAUCCGGCCCCGGAGCCCUCGGCGGAGCCCAAACCUGCUCCGGCGCAGGGAACCGGGUCCGGACAGCGAGCUCCAGGAUCUCGCACCAAGACAGGAAGCUUUUGUCGGUCCAUGAUAAUCGGCAAUUCGGACGCGCCGUGGACCCGCUACGUAUUCCAGGGGCCUUACGGUCCCCGGGCUACUAGCCUGGGCAAAGGAAAGGCCGAGGGAAUCUGGAAGACGCCAGCCGCGUACAUCGGCCGGAGGCCCGGCGUGUCUGGCCCUGCGCGCGCGGCGUUUAUUCGAGAGCUGCAGGAAGCACUGUGCCCUAACCCACCCCCCACGAAGAAGAUCACCGAAGAUGAUGUGAAAGUGAUGCUCUAUUUGUUGGAAGAGAAAGAACGGGACCUGACCACAGCCGCCCGCAUUGGCCAGUCCCUGGUGAAACAGAACAGUGCUCUGAUGGAGGAGAAUAAUAAACUGGAGACGAUGCUGGGCUCAGCCAGGGAGGAGAUCUUACAUCUCCGGAAGCAGGUAAACCUGCGAGACGACCUCCUUCAGCUCUACUCGGACUCUGAGGAGGAGGAGGAGGAGGAAGAGGAGGAAGAAGAGGGGGAAGAGGAGGAACAUGAAGGAAAGCGGGAUCAAGACAGGCGGCAUGAUCAUCCUUAUGGUGCCCCCAAGCCGCCCCCUAAGGUGGAGUCGCAGCACCACUGCCCACAGCUGGAAGCCCUGCAGCAGAAGCUGAAGCUGCUGGAGGAAGAGAAUGAACACCUGCGAGAGGAGGCCUCCCACCUUGACAACCUGGAAGACGAGGAGCAGAUGCUCAUUCUGGAGUGUGUGGAGCAGUUUUCUGAAGCCAGCCAGCAGAUGGCAGAGCUCUCGGAGGUGCUGGUGCUCAGGCUGGAGGGCUACGAGCGGCAGCAGAAGGAGAUCACCCAGCUGCAGGCCGAGAUCACCAAGCUACAACAGCGUUGUCAGUCUUAUGGAGCCCAGACGGAGAAAUUGCAGCAACAGCUGGCUUCUGAGAAGGGAGUCCACCCAGAGCAGAGCCUGCGAGGGGGCUCCCACGCGCAGGAUUAUGGGAGCAGGCUUCGUGAGCGCCAGGAGGAUGGGAAGAACCAGCGCCAGCGCUCCUCGGGUUCUGUCACCCACUACGGAUACAGUGUGCCUCUGGAUGCACUUCCGAGUUUCCCAGAGACACUGGCUGAGGAGCUCCGAACAUCUCUACGGAAGAUCAUCACUGACCCUGCGUAUUUCAUGGAGAGAUGCGACAUCCGUUGCAAGGAUGAGCGAGAGCAGGGGAAGGGGGUGAUGCCACCACCCCCACCGCCGCAAGAUCUCAAGCCGCCUGAAGAUUUUGAGGCUCCAGAGGAGCUGGUGCCUGAGGAGGAGCUGGGGGCCAUCGAGGAGGUGGGGACAGCUGAGGAAGGGCUUGCCGAAGAGGCAGAGCAGGCGUCUGAGGAGACCGAGGCCUGGGAGGAGGUGGAGCCAGAGCUGGAUGAGGCCACGAGAAUGAAUGUGGUGGCCUCCGCCCUGGAGGCCAGUGGCCUGGGCCCUUCACACCUGGACAUGAAGUACGUCCUCCAGCAGCUGUCCAGCUGGCAGGAUGCCCACGCUAAGCGACAGCAGAAGAAGCAGAAGGGGGCCCCGAAAGGUGAGUGCUCCCGUAGAGGGCACCCUCCUGCCGGUGGGACAAGCUUCCGCCCAUCAACCUUGUGAGAGGUGAGGGUAGGUGAGGCCCCCCCACAAUGCUCACUUACCUCAGCUCGGUCCCGCUCAGCGUGCUGAUUUGCAUGGACUUGGCAUAGUGUUCACACAGCCACCUCCAGCCCCCCCUCGGCUACAGCUGUUACCUCAGUGCUCACUUAUGUGGAAUUUGCUUAGAAGUCCAGCUGUCCAUCCACCUUCUUCCUGGGGGGGCUGAACUGGGGACCAGGGCUGGGACUCUCUGCCCCCUUUGUACCUCAACUUCCUAUCUCUGCCCACCCUUCUUCCCCUGUCCUUCAUCCCUAAUUCCUCUACCCCCCCCCAAGACUCCCCGCCGGCCCUGCAGCAAACAAAUCUGGGGGGCGGGAUCGUGGAGCAGCAGCAUCCCGGGGUGCAGACCCAGGACUCUCAGAGGCUGGAGAAGGAGAGGGCCACUCACUCUCCCAGUCCCAGGGAGGAAGAGGGGCCUUCUGGGGCCACCUAGGCCUGGGACGAAGGCCUCUGCCGGCAAGGGCCACAGUCGGACCAGUCCCCCGGGUGAGUGAGGGACUCCUGUAGGGUGGUAGGGUGGGUCAGGAUCUCCUUUGCCUAUCGAGAAACCCUGGAUUUAGGGAGUUCCAUGCUCUGAGGGCAGGCUUUUUAGGCUCUGCCCAUGAGGAACUGUCCGUGAGUUCAGAUGAUUUGGCCCUGGGUCUUUUCCUUGUGAUAGUUCCUUUUGUCUACACACCCCUGUGGAUAGGUAUAUGUGAUCGUGCACCCUUUAUUAGAAAAAGAACCUGAAGUUCGGAGAGCUGAGCUGACUUGUCCAAGGUCCCACAGCCAGGAGCAGAGCUGAGCCUGCGUCUGUCUCCCGAGUAGUGAGACCAUGGUCUGGUCUCCCUGCUGUGCACAGCUCCUGCGUUCCACCUGAAGUUUGUCACUUGUUGGCAGCCUUCUUUCAUGUCUGGCCGGCUGGCUCUCACGCUGAU